CCACUUGUUUAUUUCUAUUUCACUGCUAGUCGUGUUCGGCCCGGGAACGGUGCCGCAGCACGGGGUGUCUCACAGGGGAAGGUGACCAUCACCACCAUCUGAUUUAAAAAAUCUUUCUAGUGCUGUUCUAUUGCUGGUAUUUGGUAUUCCGGUGAUCCAGUAUGUCACUCAUACUCAUAGCCCUAGCACUUGUGAGCCAGGCAGGUAUCCACGGCAAAGCCUUCAACUCUGUGCUAGGACCAUAUAUUUCCUACGGCGAACGCUUUUACAUGUGUGAAGAACCCAACAAUCGCCCGCUUGCCUGGACGUGGUAUUUGCGUGCUACUCACUUCAAUCCACUUAAACCAAACGAGUUGCAACGCCUGACGGGUAAUCUGACAAUUGCAGAUGUGCCUUUUGACAACAGCCUCUGGGCUAAAGUAAUUGCGGAUGUUCGGUCAAAUAAUCAGUGGAAGGAAAACGCCUUUAUCUUCCGUUUUAAAGGGGCAUAUCGGUCUCUUAAACAAAAUAUUCCUGGAUUUUACGAGCGGGUUCUCAAGAGGGGGGAAGAUAUAGACGCAAGAUUAUUUAAAACUGUAAGUAAUUAUUUUUCUGGUACGUUUUGAUAGUGAUAAAUGUUGCGGC